UCCUCUCGGUAACUGUAUAUUAUGGGGCUGCUCUCCAGCCCCAGCUGAUGAAAGUUUGUCUCCCUCAGUCUGGGCUGCGAUGUCAAAGCGCCUCCAGGCAGCGCAGCCGCGCUCCCCCCGUGCGCUGCCCCGGGCCCGGCUCCCCGCGCUGCUGCCGCUGCUGCUGCUGCUGCUGCUGGGCCCGGGCCGCCCGCUCUCCGCAUCGCCCCGCGGUGACAAUGUGGGCAGCAAAGAGGAGUCCCCAAGGAUGCAGGUGUCCAAGGACAACUCCAAAGAUUAUGAGAUAACAAUUCCCUUCCUUCUGAAUGGAGAGCAGUGGAGACCAGUGCAUGGCAUUUAUUCAAAGAACCACCCAGCACUGCUGCAGUUUGUAAUUCAAGCUGAAAAUAAACGUCUGGUCAUCGAUCUGGAGAGGAAUGAGGGCCUGCUGGCCAGAGGCUUCACAGAGACCCAUUACCUGCAGGAUGGCACUGACGUGGUUCUCACACGCAAUCGCACGGGCCACUGCUUCUACCACGGCCACGUCCAGGGCUUCCCCGGCUCCUCCGUCAGCCUCAGCACCUGCUCAGGACUCAGGGGAAUCAUUGCAUUUGGAAACAGCAGCUACAUUCUGGAGCCAUUGGAAGGUGCUACAAGCGAACACAAGAUCUACCGAGCGGAGAAGCUGAGAGCAGCCCCGGGGUCCUGUGGCCACCAGCUGGACAUCCCUGCCACGGGGGCUGCUGCCAGUGCCACGCCACAGCAUCCUCCAGCUGCCAGGUACAAGAGGGAGACUCUGAAGACAACGAAGUACGUGGAGCUUGUUAUUGUGGCAGAUAAUCGUGAGUUUCAGAGACAAGGCAAAGAUGUGGAAAAAAUUAAGCAGAGGCUGAUAGAAAUUGCAAACUACGUUGAUAAGUUCUACAGGCCCCUGAACAUCCGAGUGGCCCUGGUGGGAGUGGAGGUGUGGAAUGACAUGGACAAGUGCUCCAUCUCCCAGGACCCCUUCACCAGCCUGCACGAGUUCCUGGACUGGAGGAAGCUCAAGCUCCUACCUCGGAAAGCCCACGACAAUGCCCAGCUCAUCAGCGGCGUGUACUUCCAGGGCACUACCAUUGGCAUGGCUCCCAUCAUGAGCAUGUGCACCGCAGAGCAGUCUGGAGGGGUCGUCAUGGAUCACUCAGAAAACCCUCUGGGUGCAGCAGUGACGCUGGCUCACGAGCUGGGGCACAACUUUGGGAUGAAUCACGACACCCUGGAGAGGGGCUGCAGCUGCAGAGCUUCCACUGACAAAGGGGGCUGCAUCAUGAACCCCUCCACUGGCUAUCCAUUCCCCAUGGUCUUCAGCAGCUGCAGCAGGAAGGACCUGGAAAACAGCCUGGAGAAAGGAGUGGGGAUGUGCCUGUUUAACCUGCCUGAGGUGAAGGAGUCCUUUGGUGGCCAGAAGUGUGGGAAUGGCUACGUGGAGGAUGGCGAGGAGUGUGACUGUGGGGAGCCCGAGGAAUGCACAAACCCGUGCUGCAAUGCCACCACCUGUGCCUUGAACCCAGGAGCAGUGUGUGCACAUGGGCUCUGCUGCGAGGACUGCCAGCUCAAACCAGCGGGGAUUUCUUGCAGAGAGUCGAGCAAUUCCUGUGAUCUGCCCGAGUUCUGCACGGGGGCCAGCGCGCAGUGCCCGGCCAACGUGUACCUGCACGACGGGCACGCGUGCCACGGGGUGGAUGGCUACUGCUACAAUGGCAUCUGCCAGACCCACGAGCAGCAGUGCAUCACCCUCUGGGGCCCAGGUGCAAAACCCGCUCCUGGGAUCUGCUUUGAGAGAGUCAAUUCUGCCGGAGACCCUUACGGCAACUGCGGGAAGGACUCCAAGAGCUCCUUUGCCAAAUGUGAACCCAGGGAUGCGAAGUGUGGAAAAAUCCAGUGUCAAGGAGGAGCCAACCGACCCGUCAUCGGUACCAACGCAGUUUCCAUAGAAACCAACAUCCCGCUGCAGGAGGGGGGCAAGAUCCUGUGCCGUGGCACCCACGUGUACCUGGGGGAUGAUAUGCCUGACCCUGGGCUGGUGCUGGCAGGAACCAAGUGUGGAGAUGGAAAAAUUUGCCUGAACCGGCGGUGCCAGAACACCAGUGUUUUUGGGGUCCAUAAAUGUGCCACCAAGUGCCAUGGACGGGGGGUCUGCAACAACAAAAAGAACUGUCACUGUGAGGCGGACUGGGCCCCCCCCUUCUGUGACAAGCCAGGCUUUGGUGGCAGCGUGGACAGUGGGCCCAUCAGACAGGCAGACAAUAAGAGUUUGACCAUAGGAGUGUUGAUAACCAUCCUGUGCCUUAUCUUUGCUGGAUCAAUCAUGUACCUCAAAAGGAAGACUUUCAUGAGGUGGUUGUUUACAAGCAAGAAGACAACAAUAGAGAAAUUAAGGUCUGUGAGUCCAGCAAGACCUUCCAGUUCAUCUGAGCCAAAUCAUGUUCAUACCAUAUGUGUUAGUAAAAGCCUCAUUGUGAAGCCACAAAAUACAGCCAUACAAAAAAGGGACGGCCCCCGGCGGCCGCUGCCGUACCAGAUCAUCGACAUCAGCGACCCUGUGAAGACACACCAGGUGCCACCAUUGAAAACACCCCAGAGGGUGCUGCCACCCCUUCCCCAGCUGCCAGGCCACCAAGCUGGGCCUGAGAGACCCCUGCCAGCCAACCCUUCACUGAGGUUCUCCCAGGAGCCCCCCAAGCCCAGCGCCCCUCGGAAGCCUCUCCCCGCGGACCCGCUGGGCCGCGCGCGCCAGGGCCCGGCCGGACGGCCCCGGGCUGUGCCCCACGCCAGCCCUGCCAGACCUGCUCCCAAACAUCCACCACAGGUAUCCAGGUCCAGCAACACUAUGGAUGUGAAAUGAGGAGAAAACCUGACACCUUUAUUUUAAAAAGUGAAGACAGAAGUUUGCACUAUCUUCAACUCCAGCUGGAGUUCAUUUCUAUGACAAUACUUAGAAUUUUUAAUGUUUAAAACAGCAUUAUUUUUAAGAAUUCUGAGCUACUGCCUUUGGUGCUGUGCUGUGCUAUGGUGCUCUGUAUACUUGCUCAGGUACUUGUAAAUUAUUAAUUUAUGUUGAAUAUUUAUUACAGUGCAGUGCACUGUAGUAGAUAUUUUUACCAUAGCUGAGUUUUCCUAAAAAGGAAACCUUUUUUUUUUGUAAUAUUUCACUGAACUUGAAUCAUUCUGCUCUGUUGGUCCUAUGUAGGUUUCUUAGUUUUGUUCUUUAAGGGGUGCUGAUGCAGAUCAAUGAAAUGUGUAAACAGCUCCAUCUCAAUGGUCCUUACCCAACUUCUGAGUAAAUAUGGCAGGGGGAAAAGACAAAAUCUCUCCUGGAACUGAGUGAAAAGACAAAAUCUCUCCUGGAACUGGGUGA